AUGUCCCAGAAAAAGAUCUUUGGUGUAACGGGCCCGAUUUCCACGGAGGGUCCCACUGCUGCCGAAAACGCAUUAAACGAUUCAUUAAUUCAACAGCUUAAGAAAGAAGGCUCUUUCGAAACGGAGGAAGAAACUGGGAAGAGAGUGGCAGUAUUAGAAAUCUUCCAAAAAUUGACACAAGAGUUUGUAUAUCAGGUUUCAAAGAAGAAAAACAUGUCCGAUGGUAUGGCUCGUGAUGCUGGUGGUAAAGUAUUUACCUUUGGUUCUUAUAGAUUAGGGGUCCAUGGUCCAGGUUCCGAUAUUGAUACGUUGAUUGUGGUACCUAAACAUGUAUCCAGAGAAGAUUUCUUUACCGUAUUCGAUGCUCUGUUGAGGGAAAGACCAGAACUUGAAGAAAUUGCGUCAGUUCCAGAUGCUUUCGUCCCAAUUAUCAAGAUCAAAUUCAAUGGAAUCUCCAUCGAUUUAAUCUUUGCUAAACUAGAUUUACCCCAGGUUCCAAUAAGUUUAACUUUAAGUGAUAAGAAUUUGUUAAGGAACGUUGAUGAAAAGGAUCUAAGAGCGUUGAACGGUACCAGAGUCACCGAUGAAAUUUUAGAAUUAGUGCCUAAUAAAACAUCUUUCAAGAUUGCAUUAAGAGCUAUUAAGAUAUGGGCAAAGAGAAGAGCAGUAUAUGCAAACGUCUUUGGGUUCCCCGGUGGUGUCGCAUGGGCGAUGUUUGUGGUAAGAAUCUGCCAAUUGUACCCUAAUGCAUGCAGUGCGGUAAUAAUAUCAAAAUUCUUUCAGAUUUUAUCACGUUGGAAAUGGCCACAACCUGUCCUAUUGAAGCCAAUCGAAGAUGGUCCUUUACAGGUCCGCGUGUGGAACCCCAAAAUAUAUGCACAGGAUAGAUCCCACAAGAUGCCUGUGAUUACACCAGCGUACCCUUCAAUGUGUGCUACCCACAACAUCAGUGAGUCAACUAAGAAAGUGAUCUUAUCUGAAUUACAAAGAGGUGUAGAGGUCACACAAAAGAUUUUCUCUAAUGAACUAUCAUGGGAAGAUUUGUUCAAGAAACACGAUUUCUUCUUCAAGUAUAAAUUCUACCUAACGGUUAUGGUCUCAACAAAGGGUUCCGACGAACAACACUUGAAAUGGAGUGGAUUCGUUGAAAGUAAGCUCAGAUUGUUGGUCCAAAAACUAGAAGUUUUACCAGGAAUCAAUCUGGCGCAUCCAUUUAUUGAACCAUACGAGUCCAGCUAUAUAUACAAUAAUGAGGAUGAAUAUAAAGAGAUCAUGAACAACUACGGUACACAUAAGACAGAAGGUGUAUUGAAAAAGUUUACAAAAAUAACUGAUGCAAACAAAGACGAUGAAGCCUCCAAAAACUCUAAUCAAGUUCACAUAGCCACGAUGUUUAUUGGACUUGACAUCAACACAGAAGAGAGUAAAAAAAUUGAUAUACACAUUCCAUGUCAAGAAUUUUUCAAUUUGUGUCGCUCAUUACCCGACUAUGAGGACCCUGAAACGUAUUCUUUAAUCAUCAAGUAUGUGAAAGUGCAUGACUUACCGGAUGAAGUCUACCAAGAGGGGGAAACACGUCCUGUGAAAUCCAGCAAGAAGAGGAAACCGGAGAAAAGUGGUGAAAAGAGUAAAAGACCUAAAUCCGAUCCGUCCAAUGGCAAGUCUACUACUACUACCAGUGGCAACACCAAUUCUUCUUCCCCAGUAAAUGACGCUAAUUCCACUCCAUCAUCAAAUGUCCCAGCAAACAGUAAUACCAAUGCUAUCACCGAAGACCCAAUGACUGCGACAACAUAG